AUGUACGCGAAACUCGCCCUUCUCGCUCUUGUGGUUGUCGCUGUCGUGGCCGUGCCUACUCCUGGAGGCGGAGGAGGACAUAAACAUGUGACCAUCCACGUUCCGUACAAAGUGCACACUAUUCACCACCACCACGUGUCUAAAGUACCCUACCCUGUACAUGUACCUGUUGUGAAAGAGGUGCCCGUGUACAAAGAAGUUCCGGUGAUCAAACACGUGCCAGUCCCCAUAGUCCAGCACAUACCAUUCCCGGUUAUAAAGAAAGUGGAGGUGGAGAAGCAGGUGUUUAUACCAGUGCACCACCACGAAGAGGAACAUCACCAUGGAUGGGAGAGCGAGUCGCUAUCGCAUGGCUGGAAC